UGAAUAUUUACACAAAGCAGGUGGAUUUCACCAAUCUUCCGCCCAAAGUUCCGUGUUUGGACCGAAAUAUUUGCUCGAUCACAAUAUUGUUCUAGUCACUGUUAAUUAUCGAUUGAGCUCAUUAGGUUUCAUAAAUACCGGUGAUACGUACGCUACAGGCAACUAUGGUCUCAAAGACCAGGUUCUCGCCCUUAAAUUUGUACGUGAUUAUAUUUCAUCCUUUGGCGGUAGUCCCGAAUCAGUGACAUUGGCUGGUCAGAGUGCCGGUGCUAGGAGUAUCGUUCUUCACAUGGUUUCACCUUUAUCCAGAGGUUUGUUUCAUCGUGCAAUCGCUAUGAGUGGUUCUUCAACUACUCCCAUUCCUCCACAAAGAGAACAAAUUCAAGUAGCUAAGAAACACGCAAAGCUAAUGGGAUGCACGACAGAUACUAGACCGGAAAUGUUUGAAUGUCUGAAGGAAAAACCUGCUGAAGAGUUUGGGAAGACUGUUAGAAGUUUUUUGGAAUGGAAUGGAAAUCCUACAUUGGUUUGGUAUCCUGCGGUAGAGCCAGUAAACGUUCCUGGAGUGGAAGCAUUUUUACCUGACGAGCCGGAAAAAUUGAUGCGCCAAGGACAAAUCUACCACGUGCCACUUAUAAUCGGCGUUACUCGAGACGAAUUCAGUUUUAUGGCAACAUCUGGAAUAUGGUCAGCUAUGCAAGGAAACGAUUCGUAUUUCCAAGAACUGAACGAUAAUUGGUACGAACUGGCACCGAUAUGUUUUGGCUAUGAGCGUCAUACUGAUCGAUCCAAAUAUAUAAGUGAUGAGCUGCGAAAAUACUACUUUAAUGAUGAGCCACUUAGCUUAAACAAUUCCGGAUCCUUACGAAAAAAUCUUUUUCAGCUUUACGCUAACGCAUUGGUGCAUUUUCCUGUUUAUCGAGCAGCAAGUUUAAUAUCGCAAUUUUCUCCAGCUCCAGUUUACUUCUAUGAAUUCACGCAACUCGGAAGAUACAGUAUUCAAAAAUGGCCUGAUACUGGCAAGCCUAAAGGAGGCGUAGCUCACGGCGACGAUUUACAAUAUAUUUUUAAUAUUGAAAGUGAUGCUUAUAACUUUCCAAAAAGUUUUCCUUUUUAUAAUGGCAAUGACUCGGAAGUUGUAUGGAUCAACCGGUGGACAUCGAUAUGGUCAAAUUUCGCAGAAGUUGGAGCACCCCUCCCGAAAAAUCCUGUGUUAUUCGAUGAUGUGAUUUGGGAAAGAUUGCAGCCCAAUAAUAAAAAAUACUUGAAUCUUGGAGAAGAAAUAAGUUUACAAACUGACUUUGAGGAAGAAACAAUGAGAUUAUGGGAUAAACUUUUUCCUUGAAAAUUAUGUUUUUAGGCUUGUGGGGCUAAUAGAAAGUUAAAAUAGUCAAUAGUUGACACUAUUUUACGAUCUCCUUAGAAAAGCUUGAAACGA